AUGGCGUCAUCACCCCACCUCCUCUCCUCUAGCCGCAGUUCUCUCUUUCUCCAUCCCCACGCUCCCUCACUCCCCCGACCUCUCCCCGCUACCUCCCCCUCUCCGGGCCUCCGCUUUCCCGCGCUUCCCGCUCGUCCCUGCGCUGCCGUGACGUCACGCCCUCCGCAAACCACCACAGGGGGAGGGGGAAGCUCGUCCCCGCGUCCUGCCGGUUCCCGGGAAAACGGAUUGGAGGAGAGUGGGGAGAGGGAGGAGCAGGUGGAGAAGGAGCAGAGGGAAGUAGGGGAGGAGAGCGAGGAGAGCGAGGAGAACGAGGCGAAGAACGAGAGGGAGAUAUGUGUGCGAGCGCGCGCCUUCAGUUCCCCCUCAGCCUUCCUGGGCAUUCUGCUGCGAGGCACGGAGAUCGUGUGGGAGCUCACCAUGUUCUUCCUCUCGCUCUCCUACGACAAGCUCGUCGGCCUCGACGAGCGCAACGUGCCGACGCGCGCCGCCCAGCUGCGCCGCCUGCUGUGCCGCCUGGGCCCAUCGUUCAUCAAGUCGGGGCAGGUGCUGGCGAACCGGCCGGAUAUCAUCCGGGAAGACUACAUGAACGAGCUCUGCAUCCUUCAAGACGACGUCCCUGCCUUCCCCUCUCAGGAAGCGUUUGCCAUCAUCGAGGCCAACAUGGGGAUGCCUCUGGAAGAGACCUUCAGCGCCAUCUCUCCCGAGCCUGUUGCCGCGGCUAGCCUCGGGCAGGUCUACCGAGCCAGGCUGAGAGCCUCGGGAGCCGAGGUGGCAGUCAAGGUGCUGCGGCCGGGGAUCGAACCAGUGAUCUACCGCGAUCUAUUCCUCUUCCGUACGCUGGCGUCCUUCCUGAACGGCAUCUCCAUUCAGAAGCUCGGGUGCAAUGCCGAGCUCAUCGUCGACGAGUUCGGGGAGAAGCUGCUGGAGGAGCUCGACUACCGCCAGGAGGCCCGCAACAUCCAGAGCUUCUAUGAGAACUUCCUGGGCGAUCCGACGGUCAAGAUUCCCCUGUGCUACGCGGAGAUGAGUGGGGAGAGAGUGCUGGUGAUGGAGUGGAUCGACGGCAUUCGCUGCACCGACCCCCAGGCCAUCCGAGCAGCGGGCAUAGACACAGAGGUGUUCCUCACGGUGGGAGUCAGCGCUGCCCUCCGCCAGCUGCUCGAGUUCGGCCUCUUCCACGGCGACCCGCACCCAGGCAACAUAUUCGCGAUGAGGGACGGGCGCAUAGCCUAUGUGGAUUUCGGCAACGUGGCGGAGCUGAGCCAGUACAACAAGGAGAUCCUCAUCGACGCCAUCGUGCAUGCCGUCAACGAGGAUUAUGUUGAGAUGGCCGGGGAUUUCACCCGCCUGGGGUUCCUGGCGCCCGGCACGGAUGUGACUCCCAUCGUGCCGGCAUUAGAGGCCAUCUGGCAGAACAGCACGGGGCAGAGCCUCGCGGAUUUCAACUUCAGAACUGUCACACGCAAGUUCAACCAGCUGGUGUACAACUUCCCCAUCCGCAUUCCCGAGCGCUUCUCCCUCGUGAUCCGCUCGCUGCUCACCCAGGAGGGCAUCUGCCUCUCGCUCGAACCCAACUUCAAGUUCCUAGAGGUCGCCUACCCCUACGUGGCCAAGCGUCUGCUGACUGAUCCCGACCCGGCACUGCGCUCUCGACUAAUCCAGGUGCUAUUCAAGGACGGUGUGUUCCAGUGGAAGCGUUUGGAGAAUCUGAUCACUCUGGCCAAGGAGCAAGUGGCGCUAGCAAACAGAGCACGCCACCCAGACGGCACUGUCACAGCGAUAGCAGCGGCAGCAACACCGGCACCGGCGGCUGUUGUUCCAAACUCACGCUUCUUCCCGCUUGACCCCGCUUCCUUCGGGAGCCUCAGCCAGCUCGCCCUGCCGAUUCCGGCCCCAGCCUUCCUUACAGGCUUCUCCGCUACAGGCCCAGCCAGAGCCGCCACGUCAGCAGCAUCGGCGGUGGUGGACGGCGGUCUGGACCUGAGGGAGACGAUUCGGGACGGGGCGCGCGUGCUGCUCAUGGACCCGGGACUGAGGAGGCAGCUGCUGCUGGCGUUCACCCAGGACUCCAGGCUGCAUGUGAAGGAGGUGAUGGAUUUAUACCGGCUUGUGGCUGAUGACCUGCCGACCGAUGACCUUGUGGGAGAUAUUGUUGAAGGUAAGACAAUUCUCUCUCGACCCCGCUUGCACGCCGUGGAUUGGGCUAUCGAGAAUCAUUUGCGACCGUCCGAUCUGGUCACGAUGCUGCAUGUGCAAUCGCCAACCGAGGCCCUCACUGCUCCCGGAAUCUACGCAGCUCUGGGCGACACGACGAUGAGUGAGGCGGCCAUGGAUCAGCUCCUUGCGCGCACGGAGGAGCGGCAGAGCGCUGUCAACACGGAGCUCAGGAGACUGCUGCUGCAGCGCUGCUCCAACGCGGAGCUGCAGUGCGAGGUGAGGGUUGUGCGCGAUGCAGACCCGCGGGAGCGGAUCGUGUCUGAGGUGGCGGAUACAGAUGCUGACGUGUUGAUCCUGGGCAGCCGGGGAAUGGGGCCGGUGAAGAGGUGA